UAUAUGUCUCUGCAAAUACCCACAAAAUUCACACAUGAUUAGGACACAGGACGUAAUUAGUACAUUGCCAUAACCUAUUUUCGUCUGUUGAUGUUAAAUAGAUCAUUGUUAUGACGUGGUUACAAUUUUAUGCAUUUUUUGCGAUAGGCAGUGUAUAUAAACGUACUUUCGUUUUCAAUGUUCAUGAUCAUGUGACCUACAUAUCACAUGAUAAUCCAAGAUGGCGGCUUCAGCUCCUGGCAGUAAUCAGGAGCAUUUGUAUAAAAUAUUGGUGAUUGGGGAAUUUGGAGUAGGAAAGACUUCUAUUAUCCGAAGAUACACAGAAGGAACAUUUUCUCCAAACUACAAAUUAACAAUUGGUGUAGAUUUUGCAUUGAAGUCUAUGGUUUGGGAUGAAAACACAAAAGUCAACAUGCAACUGUGGGAUAUUGCAGGACAUGAACGAUUUGGACACAUGACAAGAGUUUAUUACAAAUAUGCAAUUGGUGCAAUAAUCGUUUUUGAUUUGUCCAGGCCUGCCACGUUUGAUUCGGUGCUGAAGUGGUUAAACGACGUUAAUUCUAAAGUGAUGUUAGCGAACGAACAACCAGUACCCGUACUUCUGUUGGCCAAUAAGUGUGACCUAGAAGGUGUGGAUCCGGACACAAGCAAAAUUGAUAAGUUCUGUAAAGAACACCAGUUCAUAGGCUGGUUUCCUACCUCCGCCAAGAGUGACACCAACGUCAGUGAGGCGAUUAAGUACCUUAUACAGCAUAUCUUGGAGCUUCCAAGCGAGAGCCAGCAGCCUACCGAACACAUCAGUUUGGCACCAGAAAACAACACCUCCCAUUAUGAUGAUUCAUUUGAGACAGAGGAGAGCUAUAAUAAAAGAACCAACAAGCAGGGUGCGUGUUGUAGUUGAUGCAGCCAUGGAUUAGGACGUGUGGUAUUGGGAAAUGAAUGUCUUAUUGUAUGCCGCUUUGGAGCGUGAUAACGACCAAUAUUUACAGUUUAGAGCAUUGCAGAAUGAUUACGGACAGCUGUAUAUAAGCAGUUCAUUGGUGUCAUAUACCCAGCAUAUGUUGAAGUCCCAGGGUACAAUGAUAUAGGUCUAGUCACCACGUGCACUGAACUUAGAUUUUAUGUUAUGCACGGCACUAAGAUGUGUAUACCGUCAGAUACAUUCUAUAUACAUACAUAUGCUGGUGCUGUAGUAUAAAGUCCCUGUCUCAGCUGAUUGAUAUAUAUAUAUAUAUAUAUAUAUACAUAUAACAAAAUUGUAAUGUAGUUUGUAUAAUUAUAUAUGUACGUAUGUGUAUACCAUAAUGAUGAACUGUUCAAUUUUGAUCUCAGUAUCUGAUUUGUUAAGGCGAUUCCGAUGUUAUUUUGCAUCCCUUUUUGGGGGGCGUUUAAACAUGUCCUAUCUUGUGCAAUCAAAACACUUCCAUUUUUAACAGUCCCAGAGCUUUAAUCUACAGUUUUUGUCAUUCAAGCAUUAACAGGGUGAUCAGUGAUAACUACGCUAUGCUGUAGCUGGUAAUCACCUAAAUCAGGUAGCGCGGAAUCAUGUUUUAGAGAAAGACAUGAUAAUAACACAGUUUGUAUUAAAUACGAAUUGUUGCAGAUUGGUUGGUUUUUAUGAAUUUGAUUAUUCAUCAUGUGAUAAAGCAAACUUUGUAAAAUAUCUGCAGAUUGUUAAAUUUUAUGUGAAUGAUUAUAAGCAUAUAUGCUAAUUCAUUACAUAGAAAGUUUAGCUUUCUACAAGAAAAUUGUACCUACCGGUAAAUUGUUAAGCAGUGACUGUGAGCUGUAUUUAUUGAUUUGAAUGCAGAUUUAUAAGAUCAUGUUACAUGUAAAGUUUUAAUAAUCGUGGUCAUUUUGUUGUAAUUGUUAUCUUUGAUCAAUAAUUUGGUUAUAUAGAUAUUGUUUAUAAUAUUGUACCAGUGUCUUACAUUAUAUAGUACAUGCAAUAGAUUGUUGGCAAUUUCUAUAUACAUUUUAAUUUUAACUUUUAAAUUUCAAUUUUUUAUGUGAUAUUUUAUCAAAUGUAAGACAGCAUGUGGUUUUGUGUAUGGGGAUAUCACUUGUUAAACUUGAGACAGCAUGGUUCUGUGUAUGGGGGCAUCACUUGUUACAGAGUAGACAACAGAUGUUUCUGUGUAUAGGUGCAUCACUUGUUACAGAGUAGACACAAAUAUGGUUCUGUGUAUGGGAGCAUCACUUGUUACAGAGUAGACAACAUAUGGUUCUGUGUAUGGGGGCAUCACUUGUUACAGAGUAGACAAAAAUAUGGUUCUGUGUAUGGGGGCAUCACUUGUUACAGAGUAGACAACAUAUGGUUCUGUGUAUGGGGGCAUCACUUGUUACAGAGUAGACAAAAAUAUGGUUCUGUGUAUGGGGGCAUCACUUGUUACAGAGUAGACAACAUAUGGUUCUGUGUAUGGGGGCAUCACUUGUUACAGAGUAGACAAAAAUAUGGUUCUGUGUAUGGGGGCAUCACUUGUUACAGAGUAGACAACAUAUGGUUCUGUGUAUGGGGGCAUCACUUGUUACAGAGUAGACAACAUAUGGUUCUGUGUAUGGGGGCAUCACUUGUUACAGAGUAGACAACAUAUGGUUCUGUGUAUGGGGGCAUCACUUGUUACAGAGUAGACAAAAAUAUGGUUCUGUGUAUGGGGGCAUCACUUGUUACAGAGUAGACAACAUAUGGUUCUGUGUAUGGGGGCAUCACUUGUUACAGAGUAGACAACAUAUGGUUCUGUGUAUGGGGGCAUCACUUGUUAAACUUAAGACAACAUAUGGUUCUGUGUAUGGGGGCAUCACUUGUUACAGAGUAGACAACAUAUGGUUCUGUGUAUGGGGGCAUCACUUGUUACAGAGUAGACAAAAAUAUGGUUCUGUGUAUGGGGGCAACACUUGUUACAGAGUACAAUUCCAUAAAAUGGCACUUCCUUCACCAAACUGCUUCAUUUAUAAUAAGUCCAUUUGAUUGGUAUCAAUAACGACAUUAGUUUCAGAAACCAAAGUUUUGGGAUGAACCAUUUUACUGUGCGUAUAUAGUUGUACAGUGCAGUAUAUAGAACUCAUACCACCAUCUGCUUGUUUGUCUGAUAUUAUACGUACAUCGUUAUGACAUACAAAUACACAUGUAGAUAAUUUACCAGACAAUUGAAAUCUUAUCAAAUUUUGUAAAUAAUUCCUUUAAUAUAUUGAACAUUAUGUCAAGUUUUUUUUAGUAUUUUCCUGUAAUCAAAAUACUCUAACUCAGGUCGGAGACCGAGAAACUGGAGGGAAAAUACUUCAAUGUACUGCUGUGAUAAGAUAUUAAAUGUAUAUCGAGUUGAAUGUACCUUGUUGAAUUUACCACAAUAGAAUGAUAAUCAGACAAUAAAAUUCGAAAUCUU